GCCAACUCAGCAGCGCCGACGGUGGCGGGCGUGGGGAGGUCGAAGAGGAGUUGGGGGAGGAGCCGAGGGGUCGCCCCGUCCAGUGAGAGAACAAUAGCGACGGCGGCUCCCUCUUCAUUCUAUCGGCGGACGGACCACCGCUCAUUGCCCACCACCACCACCCCCCGCCGCCGUCAUCAUCUUGUGGUUGUCGCUGCUGCUGCCGCUGUGUCCAUCAGCAGCGCGCCAGUUGAGCGAAUCGCCGUCGUGAGGGAGCAGAGGGGGGCGAGGAGAGACGCUGCCGCUGCUGACAGCGACAGCGGGCUGGGGACGGGGUCAGCGCGGGCUGGACCCGGGCUUCGCCUUCCCCAUCACCACCACAACAAUCACCACAACCACCACCACAACCAUCAUAACCACCACCCCAACCACCACCACAACCAUCACCACAACCACUACAACUACCACCACCACCACCACCACAACCAUCACCACCACCACAACCAUCACCACCACAACCACCACAAGCAUCACCACCAUCACAACAACCAUCACCACCACAACCACCACAACCAUCACCACAACAACCAUCACAACAACCACAACCACCACCACAACCAUCACCACAACAACCACCACCACCACAUGGCCGCGAUGUUCCCCCCCUCCAGCUGCUGCUGCUGCCGCCGCCUCUACUCCUCGGCCCGCGCGGGCGGCACGGCGCUGUGAAGACGAGUCGUGGCCUCCUGCUCUGCGUGAUUCUUGCCGAGCUGGCGGUCGUGGUUUUAGUGGAAUCGUGCAGUGGUUAUCGUAGUAACAGCACUGGUAACAACAACAACAGCAGCAGCAGCAAGCAGAGCUGUCGUGGACGUCAAGGACAGAAACUUGAACGGGCAGCAGUAGCAGCAGCAGCAAGCAACAAGCAGUACAGUAGUGACAUCAACAACAGGAACUUCAACAGCAACAGCGGUGGCAGUGAGAUUUGUAGCAGCAGCAAUAACAGGAAUAGCAACAAGAACAGCGGUGAGAAAGGAUCAAUGUAGCAGCAGUGACAGCACUGGCAAGAGUAUAAACAUCAACGGUAGCAGCGGCAACUUCGCCAUCAAACGCAAAGCAACAACAGCAGCGAACAUCAAAAACGCCAUCGAUAUUAAUAACAAGAAGGGAGGCUUGGGCAAGAAGACAUCGUGACAUCUCAAAGCCGCCAACAAACAUCAUCAACCACCACUCAAAACGCGACAAUUCCAUCUGCCGUCCAACGUGUUGGAGCUUCCUUCCACCACCACCACCACCAUGGCAAUGUCCACCACCACCACCCCCAGCACCACCAUCAGCAACAACAUCAGCACCACCAUCAGCAGCAACAGCAGCAACGCUUCGGGCCCUCUCUCUAUCGGGAGGGCCACGAACGGUGGACCUGGGUUGACGAUGGCCCCGUGCAACCGGUACCCUUCCACCACCACCACCAUCAACAACAGCGUCAGUAGCAGCAGCAGUAACAGCAGCGCCCUGACCUGCGUGGCUGCUGGGUCUGGCAGGGAGGUCACCACGGGGGUCACCACGGGGGUCACCUUCCAGCUGCAGAUCGGGCUGGCCCGGGAGACGGUCACCGUGGAAUCUGCAGAGCCCCCGGGGUCGUCUGCCGUGCGGAAUCUCGCAUGCGCCGUCGUCGAUCAAAAGUUCCCAGAGUGCGGCUUCUUCGGGAUGUACGACAAGAUCCUUCUCUUCCGACACAACCUGCAGUCGGACAACAUCCUGCAGCUGCUCACGCCGAGCGACAGCGUACAGGAAGGCGACCUUAUCGAGGUGGUCUUAUCAGCCUCGGCGACACUUGAAGACAUCCAGAUCCGGCCGCACGCUCUCUUCGUGCACUCGUACAAGUCGCCCACGUUCUGCGACUACUGCGGCGAGAUGCUGUGGGGCCUCGUGCGGCAGGGCCUCAAGUGCGAAGGCUGUGGUCUCAACUACCACAAACGCUGCGCCUUCAAGAUCCCAAACAACUGCAGCGGCGUUCGCAAGCGACACCCAUCCAACAUCUCGCCGAGCCGAGAGGACAUCUGCCCGAAGGCUGCUCCGGAAUCUCCGUCGCCGCUGUGGGGGGGCAAGCGGCCCCCGUCGUGGAGUGGCCGCCCCGUGUGGGUGGACCGGGUGGUGGCCACCAAGGUGAAGGUGCCGCACACGUUCGAGGUGCACUCCUACACGCGCCCCACCGUCUGCCAGUCCUGCAAGCGGCUGCUCAAGGGCCUCUUUCGGCAGGGCGUACAAUGCAAAGAUUGCAAAUUCAACUGUCACAAGCGGUGUGUUGACAAAGUGCGCAACGACUGCCUUGGAGAUGGGGAAGGGAACGGAGAGCCGUCGAGUCCGGAUGUGGUGAUGGAGGAGAGCGGCGACGACGACGGUAGUACAGGCGACGCCUCGGGCUCCUACCCCGAGGAGGACAUGGACGACUCCUCGCUCUCGUCCGUGCCUGCUGCGCGCUUCCUGAUCUCGGACGCCCACAUGGCCGACAUGGACGCAGACGGCGACGAAGACCUCAUGAAACCCAUUGCGCUGACCAUCAGCAACAACAUCCCGCUGAUGCGCGUCUCUCAGAAAUUCAAGCAAACGUCGUGGAAGAAUAGCGCGGUGCUCCAGGAAGGAUUGAUGGUUCACUUCACCGACAAGGACAACAUGAGGAAGAGGCACUUCUGGCGGCUGGACUGCAAGUGCAUCACGCUCUUCCAGUCAGAAUCUGGCAGCAAGUACUACAAGAAAAUCCCACUCUCCGAGGUGCUGCAGAUCGAAGUGGCCCAGAGCUACGCGCUGCCCGGAGCGCACAACACGCCGCACUGCUUCGAGCUGCACACGGAGAGCACCGUCUACUACGUCGGCGAGAAGGACGCGCUCCCGGCCCCCGCUGCCAACGCCGCAGCCAAUGCCGCUGCCAACGCCGCAGCCAACGCCGCAGCCGCCAAUGCCGCGCAGCAGGGACCGGAGCAAGGGCAGAGCCGGGUGCAGUGGCAGGGGCUUGGCCAGAGCUCCGGGCAGCCGCAGGCGGGGACGGGAGUCGGAGCGGAGGUGGCGCUCGCGUGGGAGAUGGCGAUCCGCCAGGCCCUCAUGCCCGUGACGUCGCAGGCCGGGGUGGCCGGCGCCGCUGGGCACAACCAGCGCAGCGAGAAGAAGAAGGAAGUUUGCGUCAGCUUCUCCAUGUCAAACUGUCAGAUACAGGAGAACGUGGACAUUGGCAGCAUCUAUCAGAUUUUCCCAGACGAGGUGCUGGGAUCGGGCCAAUUUGGCAUCGUGUACGGGGGUAAACACCGCAAGACGGGCCGCGACGUCGCAAUCAAGAUCAUCGACAAGCUUCGCUUCCCGACGAAGGAGGAGAGCCAGUUGAGGAACGAGGUGGCCAUCCUGCAGAGGCUGCACCACCCGGGCGUGGUGUACCUGCAGAGCAUGUUUGAGACGCUGGAGCGCGUCUUCGUGGUCAUGGAGAAGCUGCACGGGGACAUGCUCGAGAUGAUCCUGUCGAGCGAGCACGGACGUCUGCCCGAGCGCAACACCAAGUUCCUCGUGUCGCAGAUCCUCAUUGCGCUGAAGCACCUGCACUCCAAGCACAUCGUCCACUGCGACCUGAAGCCGGAGAACGUGCUGCUGGCUUCCCCUGAACCCUUCCCGCAGGUGAAGCUCUGCGACUUCGGCUUCGCGCGCAUCAUCGGCGAGAAGUCGUUCCGCCGCUCCGUGGUGGGCACGCCGGCCUACCUGGCUCCCGAGGUGCUGCGCAGCAAGCAGGGCUACAACCGCUCGCUCGACAUGUGGUCGGUGGGCGUCAUCGUCUACGUGAGCCUCAGCGGCACCUUCCCCUUCAACGAGGACGAGGACAUCAACGAGCAGAUCCAGAACGCCGCCUUCAUGUACCCGGCCAACCCCUGGCGAGAGACGUCCGUUGACGCCAUCGACCUCAUCAACAACCUGCUGCAGGUGAAGAUGCGCAAGCGCUACAGCGUGGACAAGUCACUCAGCCAUCCUUGGCUUCAGGAUUUCCAAACGUGGCUGGACCUGCGCGAGCUCGAGACAAAGUACGGCGAGCGCUACCUGACGCACGGGAGUGACGACGCGCGCUGGGAGCAGUACGCGCGCGAGCGCCAGCUCGCCUAUCCGCAGCACCUCAUCCCGGGGCCCAGCCAGGCCGACUCCGACCUCGACGACCCCGACCUCGCGGGCCUCAGCAGCAGGGUCACCGUGCUGUGAGGCGCCCUUCUCAAUGUCGCCCUGCCGAUUGUCUGACACGGGCACGGAUGGGCGGGCAAGCUGUGAUCGCCCGACGGAUGGGACGAUAGACACGGACGGACAGGAGACCGAUCAAUCGCCAGGUAGCGGAUCGGGAGAGGUCUUUUGCGGGUCGCGGACGACCGGUAAGGGCCUGGCUGCCUGCCGUCGAAAGGCAAGGAACCUUCGGCAGAAAACGAAGGAUGGCUGAAGACCUCGUGUGUGUGCAGUCCAGCGCUUCGGAGGGGGAGUGGGAGUUGGUUGGUAUUGUGUCCUGCAGAAUUGUCGUGGACAGUAGACUUGUGGGACUUCCGUUCCCGCUGGGCUGGGUAGGUGGUCAAGAAGAUAACAAUACCCAUCUGUGUGGACCUUGGAGUGCCAUCCCUUUGUCGAAUGCAAUGGUGGUUUUUCUUCUCCGGGUACUCCAUUUUUCCUAUCCCGCAAUACUAAAACACUCCUUAAAAACCAAAAAAAGGAAUGAGCCAUACAUCCUCUAUGCUAGUGCCUCCAGAUAAUGCAGAGGCUGGACACUCGGUGACGCUUCCGUGGAUGAGCAAGUGACAAUGCGAAAUGAAAAUUGGGAGUGAGAACGCUCCUCUGCUGCAAGAGGGGGGGGGGGGGGCCGAAGUCACGGUGCGUGCGCACAGUCAGUCCGCGGAGCACACGCGCACUUAAUCUGUGCCAUUAGGGUAGCAGAUCCAUGCGGGUCGGAAGCGGAGUCUGCAAUGUUCUCGUCUUGUCGUUCAAAUGUCUCUUUGCUGUGGUUGCGUUGGCGGAGUUUUGCAGCACCGUCUUUUUAAAAGUGCCCCCUGCGUGAUUUGGGCCAACGGCAGAUGGGUUUUUUGGGUGCGAUGGAAAGAUGAGAGGAGUCCGUGUGACCCCGUUUUAGUAAGUCGUUCUUUCAUUCGGACUACCCGUUGCAUCCGACCGAUGUGCAGGGGAGAGACCCCAAAAUCGUUCGGGAAAGCCACAGCAACUAAAGAGUGAGAAGGGACCAAAGCUUGAACGGCAGCGUUCGGCGGACACCCAGCGAGUGUGCAGAGAAAGCGGUGCCAAAUAAUAAAACAAAACUCUGCUACUGUGAAGUCACGAUACACUCUGGACCAGGGGUCCCCCCGCAAGCCCUGCGGGCUCCGGUAAGCCGUAUUGCGGCUCUCUUUUAAGGGACCUGCUUCGUUGCUGUGACCCCUGCACUCAGCCAAGUACUUGGUGAGGCUGGCGACGACUCUUGUGGCUGGGCAUAGCACCGGGCUUGGCACAAUGAUCGGGCAGAGCGAGCUUCUGCCAUCGUCCGUCUUUGCCGUUGAGAGUCGUGACGGAGCAGUGAAGGGCUCUGUGAAGCACGCGUAUUCUCACGCUAUUUGUCGAUGCAAUGUAUCUGUUACAGGUUUCACGGCAUGUUCUUAAAGAUAUAUUUUCCAAUUUGUAAAAAAAGAAAUACUCAACAUCUUCUGAUAUGUAGUUCUUAACUCAUGCACUUGAACUUUUCCCCGAUUUCUUUGUUGUUUAACUGUAAAAGUUUAGCUGUGCGGCGGCGUGUGUAGUGGGAGACUGCGGCUGUUCUGAUGCGAAAGCAAUUAACUGUAAAUGAAUUAAUUUAAGAUGCACUCUUUAUUUCCACUUAAACUAACGGCUUAAUGAGCACAAACCUUUGAUCUUAACACAAUGCGCGCAUAUAUAAAAUACUCCUUAAUUACUUUCUUUACUUUAAACUAUUUGAUAGCUUAACAAACUCUGCAUUUGGCUACUGUUUUGCCAAGCUGCGUCUUGUACAAAAUAAAAAGGGACUUUGGGACAAGUGGCAACACGUGCAUUUUAAUUUUUAAAAAAAUACUUUUUACAUUCCACCGUGCGAUGCGGCCUUUUUAGUAACGUGAAGCCGGUGUGAAACAGCGCCGGUUAAACACCUGCCCCCCCCCCCCCGUGAGCGAUGUGGUUUCUCUGUGAAUGUUUUGUGCCGGUAACUAAUUGCUUGCUAUCGAUCCCCGUGUUAAGUUUGUUACCAAAAUUGACGGUGACUACGGUGACUCCGAUGAUGACGACAGUGUUCGUCAUCGACGGGCGAUCGUGACGAUGGCGGUGGCUACGACGCCCCCUCGCCUAAGCGCGGACGGACGGUGAUGACAUUGGCAAAGUCUCGACGAGGACUCGGGCCGAGAUACUUUAGUGACGAUCUCAAGAGCCUGCAGUGCGUUGACAAAACCUGGCACAGUGGUACCUCGGAGAUCGAACUUAAUUCGUUCGAACACCGAUUUGUUCGAACACCGAAUCAAUUUUCCCCAUAAGAAUGAAUGGAAAUAGCUUUAAUUGGUUCCCCACCCAAGGAUGCUCCUAUUAUGGGCCAUUUUUACACAAAGUUUACAAUGUUAAAAUACAGUACAGUACAUAAAAGCAUACAAAAAACAAGAAACACAGUUAUAAUUAAUAGAAUAAAUGAACAUUGAACUUCACUUUACCUGUAGUAAGGAGAGUGGAUGGCUUGAGUGGAAGGUGUUGAGGAGGGGAGGAGGAGGAGGUGUCAGUGUUGCUUGGAAGGGGAGUCCCCCUCCAUAAAAACGAAACCUUCCUUUUUGGCUUAUCACUGCUACUAACCUUUUCAGGAGCCAUUGUGUAUGGAUAAACACAAAAAAAACACUAAAAUAAAUGAAAUUAACGAAAAAGUUAACGGAACGAUGUUUUGCGGGUCUGCACUGAGCGAGAGCUACGCGUAAACUGGGUCAUUCGCCUUUGUCUCGGUCGACCCUGGCUACGCGUCUCGGCCCAAACUGGUUCUUUCCAGUUGUUCAACCUCCGAAUAAUUUUUGUUCGAUGUCCGGGGCAAAAAAUGGUCGAAAAUUUAGUUCGAUCACCGAAUUGUUCGAGUUCGGUGGCGUUCGAUCUCCGAGGUUCUACUGUAAUUGGCUAUAAAUAGAAAAAGAUGUUAUCAAGUUCAUUCUCCAGUGUGUGACCUGUGGUCAUCCAGGACGGACCGUUUAACGACGCAACGCCCAGAUCCACGAACAGGAAGGAGACAUUGCAGCGAUACACUACUCCGCUGCUCCUGAUGCGGUUAUCUGGCUUCACCGCCCGAAUGUGAAAUUCUCGUCGUUGCUCUGCAUCUACAUCAGCUGUAUGAAAGAGGAAGAAGAGACUGCAAAUGCAUUGAGCAAAGCUGGUAAUCGGUUAUAUAUAUUUAUAAUAAAAGAUGUAUCAUGUUCGCCGAUUGGCUGAUCGGAUAAUUUUGAGGAGGGUGGGUGGGGGGGGUGAAAAUUGCACGCCCCUCACAGCAACGUUUAAUAACUAAGACCGUGUGGCUGCUUGGCUUGCUCUAGUGGACCAGAUGAAGAGAAUGACUCGGAUGAAAUCCGCAAACUUUUAAAUUUCCACCUAAAAUUCCACAGGGCUUCACCGACUCGUCCAUCGCUAAAACACAAAUUGUCGACCCAAGUUGGCGAUGGAUCGAUCCUCACCUCCGAAAAUUCGCGACGGUUCACCAAAGAAGCCAAAUUUGUUGAGGGGGGUUGGGGGGGGGAUGUGCUGCUUGCAAAAAAACCCAGCACCGCACCCGGCGUGAGAUCGUUAUUGAUCUAUAGCUAUGAACCAAAAAAAAAGUUUUCCUUAAUAUGGAAAACGGAGGGAUAUUUUUUUGUUUUGCUUUACAUUUUCAAAAGAUAUGCUUAGUAUUACAACAACAAGAAACAUAAUUUUGAACCAGUUUUAUAGAGACGUGCCAAAUACUUGUUUCGGUUCAAUGUGCGAACAAAAGUUGGUCGGCCUUAGCCAUAACUAAAUGACCUUUUAAGAAAACAUGGGGUGCGGGUGGUUAACGCGUUCCUCGUGGUCGCUGUUCGGUAAAAAUGCGAACAAUGCUCUCGGAAUCCACUUGGGGGCAAUGAAGCUUCACGGAUUUGCUGCUCUCUCCCUGGCGGCGCGUUUGUCGGGCUGCACAGCGCGUGCUGUUCGGCAUGAAGUGCCACGUGCUGGAAGCGGAACGUCGUACACCGUGCCGAACAGCAUUGCUGUAUAACCCACAAACAGAUUCGGAGGGCUAUUCAACAAAGAUAAAAGAUCUCCCCCCCCCCCCCCCCCCCGUAUAGGCUUAAUCGACUGUUGGGGCGGAAAGUGCUGUUGGCGAGGACUUGUGAAGGCCGGCACGAGAGGGUGGGAAGCCAAAACCACGCCCGACCGCCUUUGUCUCCCUAGUGGCGAUGUUUUACACACCGCACCAGGUACUCAUUUGAGGCUGAGUCGACCUUACGGGGGCCCAGGACCGGUUCAAAUAAUCAGGUGUUGGGCUUGAGCGGGAAUCGAACUCGGGACGCCGUGUUCGUAAGCGCUAAGCCGCCUUACAACGCAACCACUUAACCGCAAUGGUAUUUGUGGAUUGCGUCUUAACAUUUUUUUACUUUUACAAACGUUGUAGGGACCAAAAGUGUCCAAAGCACCGCGUAUUCACUGCCCGGCAUGGCCGGCUCUUGUUGUUAAUUUGUCGCGCGGCGCUGUGGAGGCGAGGCUUUUGGUUUCGCGGCAUAGAGAUUUGUGAAACUGUCAAACUUGCCAAACGUGAGAUGGACAGGAGAUGGAAGUACAGCAAGUGGGAUUUGUGACACCCUCUCUGCGUACUCGUUUAGGCUUUUUUUUAAAAAAGAUAAGUGAAUGAUAAAUCGUGUCGUGCACAUUGCACGCGUCUGAUGAUUGGUAAACAUGAAUGGCCGCGUUAUGGUUGGUCGGCUGGACUGGAAUUUGAGAAGCCAUGAGAUAAUGGAAUUGUUUACGCUCUUAAUCAAACCACAACUAUGACAUUAUAAAGCCUGACAUUUUUCGGUGAAAUGAGAAGCAAUAUUAAAAAUGUUUGUUUGUUACACACCCCGACUUUACACGCAAACAUCGUCUGGUUAAGCCAGGAGAUUUAAAAAAAAGAUUAUUUAUAUUUGUUUAAACACCACAAAUACAUAGAGACCGUGGGUAGACAUCGUCUCUGUGAUCGGCGAAUCCGAGCAGAAUCAUCGCGUGAUCCCCAGCCGUGGAACUAGACGGGGGAAAGGAGGGGGGGGGGGGGUAGGAGAAUGUUAGUGGUUGGGGGGGAAGUGUGGAAAAGAGUUGUGGGCAGUAACAUUUCUGAUGGUGGGGCAGGAUUAACUGGGGGGAAUUAUUCGCGCGCGGCGUGAUAAGCAGCUCGUUGUGAUGUCCCUCUCGUGCCGCGUGUUGAGGAAGCCGUCACCCCACGCCAAGAGCAAUGCUGCCUGGAGGGAUGGAGCUCGCGUGGUGCUCGAUUACUACCCGUCGACCCACCGCCGAGUUUUUUUUGUUGCCAAAUGUCAAGUCGGCUGCUUAAAGGCACCUACGCUUACCUGGGAGCUGUGUUGACACACGUGUACAUCUAUUUAUGCAAUACUGCUGUUGUGGGAAUACAUGGCAGGAUGAUGAUCCGUGGUUAUUUUUUGUUGUUUAAAGAAAAUUAGAAUUGUACCUAUAAGCUCUUUUAAUACCUGUGCAAUCUACAUGUAUAAACCAUUGCCAAAAACGACCGUCCAUUUUUUUGUUUGUUUGUGCCACCUGCAUCUUAUUUAGAGUUGUGUUAGUGUAAAAAUGUGAGAGUAGUCUUCUUGUCGAUUAUUGUAAUAAAGUGUAUGGAAUGUGAAUCGUG